AUGUCGCGAUCGCGCUUGGGCUCGGACGCCGGACUGCUGGGCGACAACAGCACACAACCCAUGCACGACAUUAACCACAUGCACAAGGCGCUGGCAGAGACAGGCAGCAAGGACGAGCCGGUGCGCAAGUACUCGGGCAGACUUGCGGACAACUACAAGCGCGGGCUGGCGCUGGCCGGGCAGGAGCGGCGGGCAGCCGAGGCCGCGCUCAAGCAGGUAUCGGCGCUGCUGGCGACACACACCGAGGCAGAGCAGAAGGAGCACAGUAGUAAGCGGCGGCGCGUCGACUCGCCCAGCCCAUCGAUGCGGCGCGAGUCGCGCAGCCGCGACCGCAACACAGAGUCGAGCCGCUCGCGUGACAGCGGCGGGCGUCACCGCGAGCCGCUGGCGAAAGGCACGUAUGUGGCGGCGCGGGUGCGGGCGUCAUUGGAGCAGAACGAGGAGUGGAUCCUGGCAACGGUGACGGGGUUCAAUGCGGAGAAGGGCCGGUAUACAGUGGAGGACUGCGAUGACGAGAGCUCGGUUAGGCCGCGGUACUCGGUCAGCGCCCGGCUGGUGCUGUUUGUCACGGCGGUGCGCAAUGGCCGCCGGCUGUGGGAUCGCAGCAAGGUGCCCGAGAUGCCGCGCCAGGCCCGCGUGCUGGCGCUGUAUCCGGGCACCACUGUGUUUUACCAGGCGUCGGUGGUCACGCCGCCUAUGCUCAAUGAGACACCCAGCGCAGGCGUGCUGGGCGUGCUGGCACCCCCGCCCGCGGUGCCGCUGAGCCCCGGGGCCACAUUCGUGCCUGACCCGGCACUUAACCCAAUGUAUAAGGUGCAGUUUGAUGAUGACGAUAACAAGGAGAUGGAUGUGCCGGCCCAUCUGGUUAUUCCUAUGCCGCGCGCUGACAAGACCCAGGCCCGCGCGCGCACCCACUGA